AUGGUCGGUCACUCGGUUGACCAAAUACGUGCAUCGGCUUUACCAAAAGAUCAUGAUCUUAAUGGAAAUGUUGCCGAUGCUAGUGCCUACGCACCAGUCGAUCGACAGGCCUUACCUAUAGAAGAAGAAGAAGAGAGAAUGCUUUCCGGGCAACCACUACAUCACAUAUUCGAAAAGCCAAAACCUGUUUCAUGGAAGAGUCUGCCUCGCAAAGACCAACUAUUCAUUCUCACACUGGCUCGGUUAUCUGAACCACUAACACAGACCUCGCUACAGGCCUAUAUGUUCUACCAACUCCGCUCCUUCGAUCCAUCUGCUCCGGACAGUACCAUAUCUUACCAGGCCGGCAUGCUCCAAGCUGCUUUCACAGGAGCCCAAUUCUGCACCGCCGUGUUCUGGGGUCGAAUGGCCGACUGGGAGCGGAUAGGGCGUAAAAGAGUCAUCCUGAUCGGACUCUUGGGCACUGGAAUCGGGGCCCUGGGUUUUGGUUUCAGCAGUAGUUUUGCUGUUGCAUUGUCAUGGAGAGCGCUGGGUGGAGCACUCAAUGGCAACAUCGGCGUGAUGAGAACAAUGAUCUCGGAGAUUAUUCGUGACAAGAAAUAUCAGUCGAGAGCCUUUCUCCUACUACCCAUGACCUUCAACAUUGGUGUUAUCAUAGGACCGAUACUUGGUGGAUUGUUGGCCGACCCUGCAGGGAACUAUCCUGAUUCUUUUGGAUCAAUAGCUUGGUUAAGAAAGUGGCCUUAUGCACUUCCGAAUCUUGUCAGCUCUGUGUUCCUCUUCCUUUCAGCAAUGGUAGUGUUGCUUGGGCUCGAAGAGUCGCAUGAAAUGAUGAGAGACAAGCCAGACCUGGGACUACGUUUUGGACGCUGGAUCGCAAGGGUAGUCCUUCGGCUCAACCUUGAUCAGCAAUAUCAGGCGAUAUCUGGUGAUGAAGUGGAUCCUUCGACGAUGGAGAUGCACUCACCGACUGACGAACCACCAACGCCCAAACUACCCAAGAUCAGGAGGAAGCUACCCUUUUCGCGCAUCUGGACUGCCAAUGUGCUCUUUACAUUUACCGCCCAUUUCUUGCUGGCUGGCCAUGUAGGCACCUUUAACAGCCUCUGGUUCGUUUUUUUGUCGACACCAAGAUAUGUUCCUCAUGGUCAGACAAACGAUGGCACGAAUCCAAACUCCAGUCUAGGCGUACCUUUGAAUUACAAGCCACAUCCACCCUUUAGCUGGACAGGCGGCCUGGCUCUCCCACCUGCACGAAUUGGUUCUGCGUUGGCCAUCUUGGGCAUCGUCGGUAUAUCCCUACAGCUGUUGCUUUACCCUAGAUUGUCCUUCCGCUUAGGCACAGUGACAUCUUUCCGCUUGUCGCUCUGCCUGUUUCCUUUGGCCUACUUCCUAGUACCUUUUCUGUCCCUGGUACCAACUACCUCCACGUCACCUGCGGCGGCCUCUGGACCAUUACUGUGGAUCUCCAUUGUCAUUGUGCUCUGCAUCCAGGUCACUGCAAGGACAUUUGCAUUACCUGCAACAGCAAUCCUGAUCAACAAUGCCUCACCACAUCCCUCUGUCUUGGGUACAGUACAUGGUCUGGGUCAGAGUGCGAGUUCGGCGGCCCGCACAAUCGGUCCGCUCUUGUUGAGUUAUCUAUACGGUGUUGGACUUCGGCGUGGUGUGGUCGGGUUAUCUUGGUGGUGUAUGACGUGCUUCGCUGCAGUGGGUGCCGUAGCAGGACUUUUUGUCAAGGAUGGGGACGGACAUGAGAUUUGGCUGGAAGGUGAGAAAGAGGAAGAAGAACAAAAUGUUGUAUGA